AUGGGAUACAUUAGCUGUCCGCUCUCAGGUUGGGCAGCAAGGGUCGGAGAAGGGCAAUCACUCAUUCUUAAGACCAAAGAGUCGGAGGGGGGAAAGCUCUCCACCGUUCCUGAGUUGCUCUUUGGAGAGCACAGUACGAUGAAAGUUGUAAGUUGUGUUCGGGGGGAGUUAUUGUCUAUCAUUGGCCUCUAUGGUAGAACCAGUCAGGGGCCUGAGAGGCGGUGCUUUACCCUGUGGCAGAUGUCAGCGGUUCGAGUCCGCUUAUCUCCAACUCGUGAACUUAGUCGAAGAUCGGCAGCUCAAAUUAAAGCUAUGAAACAAGUCAUUGGUAAAUCAAAAUUGGAAUUGGCCCAAUUCACCGAAUUGGAAGCCUUUGCACGAUUUGCUUCUGAUCUCAAUAAAGCUACUCAGAAUCAAUUGGCACGAGGUCAAAGAUUACGUGAGUUGCUUAAACAAUCCCAACACUCCUCUUACGGUGGCGAACGAUAA